AGCGUAGCCGUGCUGUGAAGGUGUAGUAUCUCCAUCAGGAAAACUCCUCUUCAGUACUUACCUGUUCAUCAUGAUGAAGCUGAUCCUUUCUCUGACUCUCAUCUGGGCGCUCUCCAGCACGGCGAGAGCACUUCAGUGUCAAACUUGUACAACUCAGCAGUGUUCAACCACAGCACCAGUAACAUGUCCCUCAGAGAUGUCUUGUAUAACAGCUUCCAUUCAAGCCAUUUCAUCUGGAACUCCAGUACAGCAAAUCUACAAGGCGUGUGCAUCGUCCUCCCUUUGUCCAGCCCCAGGCACGCAGACAUUUUCAGUCAACUUGGGUGCUACGAGUGCAGUUGCAUCUGCUCAGUGCUGCAACACAGACAACUGCAACGCAGCAACUCUGCCUUGUAAGUACAGAGGGACACGUUGCUCAUUUACAGUGCUCAUGUAAUGCUCUUUGGCAUUUUCCAUUUCC